AUGCUCGGAGAGGCAAAGUAUGCUGUCGCUGCGUUGCAGCGCACACUUAAGCGCGAUGCUGACAUUUCACAGGCUUCUCUCGAUUGCUUGCGACACAGACUCGACGCAGUGGCGCGUGCACGCGCGCAUUUGCCCUCCGCAUCGGACAGCGGUGGCGGCGGCUCGCAUUGCGCACAUGAAGAGGAUGAUUGGAGCGGCAACGCUGGCAGCGAGCACGCUGGCAGCCCAAAGGACACCGCCCAUCCGAGAGAUUGGAGCACACUGCCCAUCCGAGAGAUCAGGAACUGGCAUCCAGUGAUUGACGAGGUUGACGGAGAGCUGCGGGCGUGCGUCCAAGGAGACUGCGACGGUGUUCUCUGGCGCAGCGGGCCAAUCAUCUCGCGGGCAGACGACAACCGGCUCGUGUGCGAGAAGGGUGGUGGGAGAGAGGUUUACAUCCUAGUUGGCAGCCUCAAUUUCGGUGCACGCCAACGGCUCGCCUUCCUCAGUCACACCGCUUUAUCUCACUUCAGCGAUGGCUUUCCCAGCAACUGGAAAGAGCGUCUAAUUGUGGGAAACGUCAACCACCGGCGACCAAUACUCUUUCCAGACGGCGAGUCGACCAUCUGUCGUGAAGACAUAGACGAGCUCGAUCACCAUCCAAGGGCAAACAUACCCGGCGCCGCAGCUGGCCCCGCCCUGGACCUCCUCCAGCGCGUCCAGGUUGUGCCGUACUCCGUCCUAGGGGAGCAGCUCGUGCGCGGCGAGGGCGUCGUGGACCGGGCUGGCCCUCCCGACGCCGGCGUUGUGUUUUGCGACCCGGCCGGGCUGCCCUUCAUCCAGCGCACCGGCCCUGGCGGCGCGGGCGGCGCGUCGGGAGCCAUCUACGACUUUCUCGGCAUCCGCGACGACGACGCCUUCCCGGAGCCGGAGGCGCAGAAGGAGCUCGCCGCGGCGUACAAGAACGUGCUCUGCGAGUUCCACGCGGCGGCGAGCGGCGAGGGCGGCCCGACACAGCUGAGGCUGCUGCCCAUCUCCGGCGGCAUCUUUGCCGGCCCCUUUGCCGACGAGAUUGCGCCGCUGACGAUGGACGCGCUCGGCGCGGCGGCGGCGGAGCUGCCUCGAGAGGCCAAGGCCAUGGUCCGCCUAUCGACGCUCCUACUCGCGGCGCUGGCGCUGCCGCAGUCGUCUUUCGCGGCCGAUCGCCACUCCGCAGCGCCGCGGCUGACUCGAGGCCGCAGAGGCAGCGCACCCGAGACUUCGCGCCCGCUGCUGGCGGCGACGACGCCAAAGCCCGUUGGCAGCAGCGUCACCAUGACGGUCGUUCAGAUUGUCAACAACGUCGCGGGCGCCGGCAUCCUGACCCUCGCCGCGGGUAUGGCUGCGGGCGUCGGGUGGGUGCCGGCGAUCGCCAUCUGCGUGGCGCUCGGCGCCAUCUCGGGCUACACCUUCUACCUCAUCGGCGCCUCGCCUUCUAGCCGAGACUCCGCCCUCGCCAGCGGCGGCCCGCGCUCCGCGUGGAUUGUCGACGGCUGCAUCGCCCUGAUGUGCCUCUCCGCCGCCAUCAUCUACUCUGGCAUCCUCGGCGACGUCUUCUCGUCACCGUCGGAGCGUUCUCGGAACCUUCUCGGAACCUUCCCUGUAGGCAUCCUCGGCGACGUCUUCUCGUCGCUGCUGCGGCUCGCUGGCGUCGAGACCAUAGAACACAGCGCGAGAACACAGCACCAUAGAACAAGCCCCACAGAACACAGCACGAUAGAACGAUAG